UUGAGCUAAAAAUAACACACCAAACCACAACAAACCGAAUGAGAGUAAAAAGAAAACAUCUCUCUUGGCUCAAGUCUCACUCUUGGCUAGCUAAUAAGAUAAUAGAUAUAUUGAUAUAACUAUAAUCUAGAUCUAGUAAGAAAUAUUAAUCCUGCUUUGGUGAUAAUGCCAGGUAGAAUAGCAGAGGUCAAUCCUCUUUUAGCCAGCAUUGAGGAUGUGGCGAUUGAUGAUAUUGGAUGUUUCAAGUACAUCUUGUGCAAAGUCUAUCAAGACGGCAGUAAAGAGGACCACAAGAUGAUUGUCAGAGGCACAAAACAAGCAGAGUUUCAUGCUGACAUCUAUGACCACCUGGAUGCAUCCCUUGAAGAGAUUGGUGUGACCUGCGAGUGUGUUGGUGGUGGCAAAAUUGAACACGAUUCAUUGGCUAAAACUAUCACAGUCUUUGGCUACUCCCAGGGUUAUGGCAAAGCAGAUCAUUCAGUUACCGUACGUCUUCUGAAAGAAAAAUAUCCGGACUACAACAGUAUAACAUGGAAAGACAACUAAGAGUUCUGUUCUUAAUCUAACAGAUAUUAUAAUAAUUUUUUUUACUUUGGUUUUAAUGUAACAGUUGAUUUAUGAUGGCUCUAUAGUAGCGUUUUUACAAGUGUGACCCUUUCUUUCUUCAGUUUAUCUGAAAUGUAUAUCUACAUUACAAGGAAAAGAAGAUGAAAAACAAAAUCUCUAAGAUAUUGUGAUAAACAGAUUUUGUACAAGUACAUCUAGAUUGUCCUGCGAAAUUCUCUCCAUUUAUUACCUCAUGUAGGCCCAUGUUUUGAAAGCUAAUUUAAAUCACUAACCUUCUGGUACAUUUGUUUUUUUUUGGUGAUUGACAGGGAAUUCCAUAGUGCUUUUCCAUUCAAUGUAAAAUGUAAUUAGACCCUUAUAAUUUGGAGGUUAAAAUCUAUGUGAAAAAAGAGAACAUUGUUCUAAUGCAUGGCUUAUAAAAACUCCUGUUUAGAGUUUCAGCAAUGAUUAUGAUUUAAAGAACAUAAAGCUAGUAUUUCUACAAAACUGUUAGAAUGUCUAUGUGGAAGGGAAUGGGACGUAUUUUAUAAAUGAUUGUAUCCUCACGUCUCUCAAAGCUAAUAACAGAAUAAAAUAGUCAAGACCUCAAAAAAAAAUGUUACAUUUUCCUUUCUGCUUCCUUUUGGGAAAAAAAAUAAAAACAUAACAGUUAGAGAACAUAAACUGUGACGUAAUUUAUUGUUUUAUUAAAAGUGUAAUGAUUAAUAACCAUGAAUAUCUACUGAAAAUGUACAUAAACUUUUGUAUUGAUUGUAUAUAAAUAGUUCAUGAACAAAAUGUAUGCUAUUUAGUUUUGCUUGUUCCAAAUUGUUGCAUGUAUUAAAGAUAAACAUUGUGAAACUUUUCAAGUGUUAAUUUGGACAUUGGCCAAAUAGUUCAUGAACAAAGUGUGCUGUUUGCUGCUUGGCAUGGAAUGAAUUUAUUUAUUGUAUAAAGAAACUGAAAAUUGUUCAGUGUUCAUGUUGACCUGAAUACUUUCUGUUGUGUUCAUUUAGCUCUCCAGUACAGAAAGUAUUGUUUUGUUCACGUAUGCAGUUAGUGGAGGGGAACUCUUGUAUUUCUAUGUUUACUUCUCUGAUAUACUGCCAACCACAUUGACUUGGGUUUUCAACUUUAAAGGACAAAAUAGAUUGUGAUUUUGAUUGAGAAAUCGAUACUUAGA